GGGGAGGAGAGACAGAGAACGAGAGGGAAACAGGGGAGGACAGUUCGCCUCUGCAGCGCUGCAAGGACAGUGUGAACAUCUCUGGGACGCAGACGGACCGAAGCUCUCAAAAAUCGCACGCUCUUCACUAUGACAACCACGCCAAUUACUGCACUGGACUGACAGCUGUCAAUCGACACGAGAAGAUUAGCAGGAUCACCUGCCACAGGAGAGAUUACAAGCUACGAUAGGAGACUUAAGCGGAGUAAUUCCAACUUAUGGUUGGUUAGAAGUUGCUAUCCAGAGGAAAACUGGCCAUUUUUGAUCUCUCGACUAAACGGCUGCAUGCGUUCACGUUUACAUGCUUUAGGGGGAGCGUGUACGAGGUUGUCUUGCUGUGUAUCAGGGUCACGGUCUCACUGUGUAGUGCCACAAUAAGCUUUAUUAGAGGCUGUUUAUUGUUUAUUUAGCAUUUUAUCUACAAAAACCAUGAGUGAGGGCAAAAAGGACUUAGAGAUGAGGGACAAAGCCAUCAUGCAUCAGCAGAGGAGACUGAAACAGGCCACCCAGUUCACGCACAAGGACUCCGCGGAUCUUCUGCCUCUGGAUGGGCUGAAGAGGUUGGGAACCUCCAAAGAUUUGCAACCCCAUAGCAUCGUUCAGCGCCGUCUCCUGGAGGGCAACAUUCCACGUUUGCGUGGAGAAGCCCGGGACGUCCCAUCUCAUGUUCGCUCACCCCUGGCAGACAGCAAAGAGGGCGGAGAGCCAGAGGAGAGGAGCGAAAGCACGGUGGAUGACUCCACAGAAGAAAGAGAGUCUCCGGAGGAGAGCGAGAAGAGCCUAAGGUCUGAUGAGGACGAGGAUGAUGAAGAUGAAGGAGACAGCAGCGACGCAGGCGGAAAGACAGAGUCCAAACAGAAAAAUAAAAUGGAAGACGAGACGAAGAAAGGCCUCAAAGAGGGCGAGAGAGCAUCCACCCUCUCAGCUCUAGUGGUCCAGUGUAAGUGUGGAGAUGCAGAGGUGAUGUUAUCCAUAAACACAGGGUGCCAACACAACCACAUCUCUAAAACAUGCUGCAGACGACUGGGAUUGAAAACCAACCUAGAAGACAAAGCUCAUGACAAGCUGCCGCUCAGUGAUUUGACAGUGGAGACAGUGAAGUCCCUGCACCUGCAGCUGGGCAGAGAAAGAGUGCAAUGCACUGCCCAGGUCAUAGAGGACGCCACAUUUGAUGUGUGUCUGGGUCUACAGACUCUGCUGGAACUCAAAUGCUGUGUGGAUCUGAACUCCAGAGUGCUCCGGCUCCACAGCACAGAGCAGGAGCUUCCCUUCCUGGAUCCACCUGCUUGCAGCCAGUGCCAUCACCAUGACAACAACAAAAACAUGUGACCUCGGACCUAUGUGCCCAACAGCCGCCAUGACCGUACCCAUGUAAUCAGAGAGGAAGUCGACAGACGGACGCCUGCAUCUGGACUGUAGUGUUCCCUUGUGCCAGAUCAACAUACACAGGCCUCUCCUCUCUCAUCUUUCCUUCUUUAUUCUUCGUCGUUUGUUUCUGUGCUAUUACAGAAAUCUGCCAACUAUGAUUUUUUUAUUAUUAUUAUUUGCUGUGCUAAAUUAGUUUUGAAUAAAUGUAAUAAAGCUCAGGAGGAGGAAGAUUGUGUUAUGACAUUUAAAAUUGCCUUUAUCGAAAUGAAAAAUGGGGUACACAGCUAAUCUUUCAAAAAUUUAAUUGAUGUUUAAAGACUGAUGAGUAAUAUUCUCUAACUGGUGAUUUUAAUUACAGUACAAGUGAAUUAUAUUCUUGUAAAAUAAUGUAACAAAGAGUUCACAAGAAGCUGCACAUUUUGGUAUCUCCUAAACAAUCACCAAACCUGAUUUUAUACUUUUAAAUGUCUCAAAAAACUAAUCAGAAAGUUACUUUCGCAAAACCUAAAUUUUAGCUAAAUCUCUCACCCAAAACUGCCUUUUACUAACAAAGACUGUGUUUUCAGACCUCAUUUCCUUUUAGAAAGCCAACUCUGCCCUUAGAUGAUAAGAAGGACUUCAGCCAGCCCAAUCAAAUGUUAAUUGAGCCCUUGGGCUGUAAUCUAACUCAAUGACCCCCAAACCAAGCAAAACACUUCAUGUGCAUGAUUUUAUAGAUUUCCCUCUUGUGUUUUUUCUGUUUUCGGUACAUCAAACUGUGUAGGACCGAGUAAAUGCAUUCUGAUUGUCACCUGCAUGUGCUUUCUGUUAGAACGACUGAAUUAUGCUCAGUCUGUCCUCAUAACCAUUUUCUCCACCGCCCACACUUUGCUUAUUGUCCUGUUUGUUCGCUCACAAGCACAACUACAACUGUCUUGGUACAGCCAAAAGCUCCCACUAAAAUGCCAGCCCAUGACCUAAAGGUCAUCUAUGUCCCACACAAACUCAGCCUAAACGGUGCGGAUAAUUAAAUUGUUGGCACACAAUGCUCAAUUACCGUAAUCAUCCAGCCUUUUAACACUAUGGAUGACCUUUUAGUGGAGGACAUAUAUUUGCUGAUUUUAUGUUCUCUUUCUUUCUACGCUGUGUGAAGGCCAACCAUACGAAAAAGAGUUUAUUUUUGGUGUUUUUUGGUUUCCUUUUCUCUGAACAGUAUUUUCUCUGCCUAAACAAAAUAAAAUAUGUAUUCUGGCUA